CCUAAAUCACAACCAUUUUAGACGAUAGAGAAUUCUAUUAAAGAGGGUGCAGAAAGUAACACUUUUAGGUAUAUAAUUGUAGUGUCUGUCACUCAAUGCUAGAAGGAACUCCAAUGGCUCUCCUUCAAUGGCUGAAGGAAGGCAAUCUUUCCUCGUUAAUUUUUGCGUCCCUUUUUCUAGUACUGAUAUCAAAAUUUCUCUGCAACUUCACGAGAAAAAAACUCAAUCUCCCACCAAGUCCUCCAAAGCUACCGAUCAUUGGCAACCUUCACCAGCUGGGAAAAAAUCCCCACAUAUCUCUAUACCACCUAGCUGAGAAACUUGGGCCCAUUAUGCACUUGCAACUUGGUGAGAUUCCAACAGUUGUGGUUUCCUCAGCUAGAACGGCGAAGGAAGUGUUGAAAACCCAUGAUCUUGCACUUGCAAGCCGUCCCGAGAUCUUUUCUGCCAAACACCUUUUCUAUAAUUGCACUGAUAUUGCCUUCUCCCCGUAUGGGGCUUACUGGAGGCAAAUACGGAAAAUUUCCAUACUUGAGCUACUAAGUACCAAGCGUGUCCAAUCUUACAGCUUUGUGAGAAAAGAAGAAGUUGCUCGCCUGGUUCAUCGUGUUGCAGAAUCAUAUCCUGGCACCACCAAUUUAUCCAAGAUGCUUGGACUGUACGCAAAUGAUGUCCUCUGUCGUAAAGCAUUUGGAAGGGAUUUUUCAGCAGGAGGGGAAUACGAUCGACUUGGGUUCCAAAAGAUGCUUGAAGAGUACCAGGAGUUGCUAGGAGGAUUCAGCAUUGGAGAUUUCUUCCCUUCCAUGGAAUUUAUGCACACCUUAACCGGCAUGAAGUCAAGACUCCAGAAAACCUUCAGACGCUUCGACCAGUUCUUUGAUGAGAUUAUCAAGGAACACCAAAAUCCAGGGGGUAAAAAAGAAGACAACAAGGAUCUCGUGGAUGUCUUACUAGAAAUACAGAGGAGUGAGGACAUCGAAAUGCCUCUCACUAUGGACAACAUUAAAGCAAUCAUCUUGGACAUGUUUGCAGCAGGAACUGACACAACCUUCAUAACCUUAGAUUGGGGAAUGACAGAGCUCAUCAUGAACCCCAAAGUCAUGGAAAGAGCACAAGCUGAAGUAAGAAGAGUAGUCGGAGAAAAAAUAUUUGUGUUAGAGAGUGACCUGCCUCAGCUGCACUACACAAAAGCUGUUGUCAAAGAGAUCUUCCGUUUACAUCCUCCCGCGCCAGUAUUACUCCCAAGAGAAUCCAUGGAAAAUAUAACCAUUGAUGGGUACAAUAUUCCUGCCAAAACAAGGUUUUUUGUCAACGCCUGGGCAGUAGGGAGAGACACAGAAUGUUGGGAAAAACCAGAAACAUUCGAACCGGAGAGAUUCAUGGGCAAAAAUAUUGAUUUCAAGGGGCAAGAUUUUGAGCUGAUACCUUUUGGAGCUGGCAGAAGAAGCUGCCCUGCUAUUACAUUCGGAAUGGCAAGUGUUGAUCUGGCACUGGCUCAACUUCUCCACAGCUUUGAUUGGGAGCUUCCUCCCGGUAUCCAAAGUAAAGAUUUGGAUAUGACAGAAAUCUUUGGUAUCACAAUGCACAGAAAAUCUCCUCUAAUGGUGGUAGCCAAACCAUGGUUUCCGUAAGAAUAAACUCUUCAACAAAUAAACCAAAUCAAAAUCAGAAGUUAUGUCACUUGAACUCGAGUACGAGUGCUAGUAUGUUCAGAGUAUCAGAUGUGUCAAAUAAUCAUAUUGUGUAAUAUUUUCUUUCAGUUUCUAAAGUAAAAUAACACUUUUAUGUAA